AUAAUUCAACAACACGAUCAUCACAAACAAAUUGAAAAUAAAAUUCAACCCUACUCAACUCUAAAACCAAACGCAAUAUUAACUUUCAGCUCAAUUCAAUUGGUUUGGAUUUUGGCUCCAACCGAAAUAUCUCCGACCCUAUCGAGCUCGAACUCUAUUGGGAAGUCGUGAGAAGUAAUUUCCACGAGUACUCUACAUCCGGUGAGUCGAGCCGGAGAACCAGGCCGGGUUUAAAUCAUGUCUCCUGGACUCUUGGAGGGAAAAGGGGUUAUUUCUCCGCCAACAGAAGCCGACAAAAGAACGCACCAGAGAGGAGAAUUGACCGCGGCGGAGGCCACGGGAGUUCCGUGCACUCCACCACCUCCCGCCAUCCACGCCACGGCCGCUCACCGGCGCCAGCGACGCAAUUCCCACCCGCACGCCACCCCACUCGUCACGGCGGCAACUUCCACCACCACCGCCAUCCCAACAGAAGCCGACAAAAGAGCGCACCAAGAGAGGAGAUUUGACCGCGGCGGAGGCCACGGGAGUUCCGUGCACUCCACCACCUCCCGCCAUUCACGCCACGGCCGCUCACCGGCUCCAGCGACGCAAUUCCCACCCGCACGCCACUCCACGCGUCACGGCGGCAGCUCGCUGUCGCAACUUCCACCACCACCGCCUAUGCCAACCUCCGGCCCCGGCUUUCCCGCCACUAUCCCGGAAAUUCAAGCUGGAUUGCUCCCGUUCUGGCCGGAACCGACUUGCCAUAAGUAAACCUUCCCCUCCGGAGUUCGCUCGAUGGUGCGCUGGGAGUUUCCGUUACGCUAUCAGCAACCAGCUGGCACUUGUCGCGCCUCUCAUCAGCACCGAGGCGCGAAUAUAAAGAGCCCGCCAUGCGAGGCCUCGAGAACUCCACCUCUGCUUCAGUCGUCCUCUUCCUCUCCUCGUACGGUUGCUUCGCUUCUUGCUUCCUCAAAUACCAGGAGGGGUCAACUAAGUUGCCAGCUAACUGAUGGAAGAGAAUCACUGAACCAGCAUGCACGCUGGAACAUUAAAUUAUUUGCUCGAGAAAGACAACGCUAGGGAUCAAACGCCAUGUAGUCAGCCAUCUCCUGGAGGUGGAGUUCCAUAUGAUUUUGUAAACAAGAUCUUUUGCAACAGAUCGCUGAAUAUGAAGAAUAUCCUUGCAGUGGGGUUUGAUAUGGAUUAUACUCUGGCACAAUACAAGCCUGAAACUUUUGAAUCACUUGCAUAUGAAGGCACAGUCAGGAAGCUGGUGUAUGAUUUGGGCUACCCAGCCGAGUUGCUGGAAUUGUCAUUUGAUUGGGAAUACAUGGUCAGGGGUUUGGUUCUCGAUAAGAAGAGGGGCAACAUAUUGAAGAUGGAUAGGCACAAGUAUGUGAAAGUAGGUUACCAUGGAUUCAGGGAAUUGUCAAAGGAAGAGAAAGUUCAGAGUUAUGGAAGUACUUACAUACGAGAUGCUUUCGAUGAGCCUGACUAUGCUCUGAUUGAUACGCUUUUCUCUCUAGGGGAAGCCUAUCUGUUUGCGCAGCUUGUUGAGUUUAUUGAUGGCAAUCCUGGAAAGGUUCCACAAGGUGUCGAUUAUGCUCGUAUAUAUAAAGAUGUUAAAGCAGCUAUUGAUUUAUGUCAUCACGAUGGUACUAUAAAGCAAGUUGUUACAAAGGACCCCGGAAGGUAUAUCCAUUGGGACAAGACCUUGGUGCCUAUGCUGAACAUGCUCAGGGAUUCUGGUCGUUCAGUCUUUUUGGUAACAAAUAGCUUUUGGGAUUAUACAAAUAUGGUCAUGAGUUUUCUUUGUGGUCAGCAUGCCCCAGAUAGUAAUGCAACUUGCAGUUCUGAUUGGCUCCAGUACUUUGAUGUUGUCAUCACUGGCAGUGCAAAGCCAAGCUUCUUUCAUGACGACAAUAAUGCCAGUCUACUUGAGAUUGACCCCGACUCUGGAAUGCUUUUGAAUACUGAUAAUUAUGCUCCUGUGGCUCAGGUAAGCGAUACUUCGCCAAGGUUGACGGGAACUGGUCGAACUAAUCGUAAGACUUUCCAGGGUGGAAACGUUAGUCAUCUGCAUAAACUUCUUGCAAUUGAAUCAAGUCCACAGGUUCUUUACGUCGGGGAUCACAUCUAUGGAGAUAUAUUAUGCAGCAAGAAGGUUCUCGGUUGGCGUACUAUGCUGAUUGUUCCGGAGCUUGAAACGGAGGUUAGACUUGCAUGGGAAACAAGAAAUAUACGCAAGGAACUUGGAAUGAUGAGGCUUGAGCAUGAUAAUAUUGAAGACAGCAUACAUCGUUUGAAGUGGUCUCUCAAGUUUGAAAAUUUGACUGAUGAAAGGAAGCAAGUGUUAUCCUUUAAACUAGAUGACCUGGAGACUCGAAAUAAUGAAGUGCGUCUUGCUCAUCAAGAUGCUCUGAGGGAAUGGCAUCAGAAGUUUCACAAAGUAUGGGGACAAUUAAUGAAGACCGGUUAUCAGAACUCCCGUUUUGCACAUCAGGUCGAUAGAUUUGCCUGCCUAUACACGAGUCGAGUUUCAAGCUUGUGCUUGUACUUGACAGAGAAGUAUUACAGGCCAACCGAAGAAUUCAUGCCACAUGAAUUCGAUGUUCUUCCAUUGUGAAGCCUUUUGAAUCGCAACCUAUCAAUGGAGCUGAAGCUUCUCUGCGAGGGGAUCAGACUUGCGCUCAGGCUGAAGACGACAUAAGCAUAGUAUAUAACAUUUAUAUCGACUGCGUUUUUACUGUUCCUGAGAUAUGUAAUGAUUGCAUAUUACUACAUCAUGUUUCCUGAAAAUCGAGCUUAGUUGAUCUUGUCUUGCUUAAA